AUGACUCGCAACAGCCUCCAAUCUUUCAUGUCUUGUCUCCUAGAAGAGCAUUCAGUAUCAGCAUCAGAUAUUGACAUUCAAAUCGACAAUGCGAAGAGUUCACGAUCACUCUUCAGCUCAUGCAGUGAUAACGAUGGUUCUGGUCACUCCAGGAGUCUCGACUCUUCGCUUCGUCGAGAUUCCGACCCUUUAUCACCAAAGCAGAUCCGUGGCAGAGCCAAGAAAGAUAGAUGGGAUUCAAGUUGUGAAAAACAACUCACAACACCGAAACGGUGCUCCAGUCCCAUGAAUCUGUCCAAGAUGAUCACAUUCAUGGAUCUGCAAUCCUCUGGAGAUGCACCAUUGAAAUUCCCAUCAAGAUCACGCGAAGAUAAUCACUCUGAUGAAUCAGUACAUGAACUUUUGGAUGAUGUCUUGGCAAUCCUUCGCUGA